UGUUACGAAUGUCAGUUGUCAUUUCUGAUCGUUAAUCUGGCGGUGUCGUUACGCGUUAUACCCGUCGCAUCUGUCGCCAACGUUUUGUAAAUUUUAUUUUUUAUUUUUCCGAUGAAUGCCAAGUCGCUAGCUGAAAUCCGUUAGGACGGGAGAGAGAGGAGAACCAGCGGAAUGUCAAAGCUGAUCACGCUGCAGACUCGGCUGGCCUCCGUCAUGGAGACUCUGGUCCACGCCGCGGUGGCCGAACUGGGGAAGAUCGCGGAGGACAGCUCCGCGUUCGUCUUCAACCUAGAGCUGAGCCGGGGCGGCGGCGGCGGCGGCGGAGACGGAGACGACGAGCUGAGGGCCAGACUGAGGACGGAGAGUCAAGUGAAGAUGACACGCUUUGCAUCCGUCAUGGAGACUCUGGGCAACGAGGCACUGGGUAAAAUCAUGAAGAUUGUGGAUGACACAAAGUUCCUGAUGGACUUCGAGCAGAGGUCUUUCAGAGGCUGUAAAGGGAAGAGGAAACCCCACACCAGUGUCCUGAACAUACUGUCAGACGGAGGAGUGGAGGCAGAGCAUUGUUAUGGAGGCAGUGCAAAGCGUGCUGAGAGAGAGAGCGCCACACAGAAUUAUAAAGCUGAGGAGGACAUGAAUGACUUCGAAGCACCUUUUGUCCUGGCUGUCAGUCUAAAAGAUGAACAAGGCAAUGUUGACCUCACCGCCAUCGCUGAGAGAGCUGCAGCAGAGGCCCUCAUCAACAACAAAGCCACCAAUACAGUGACCCUUGACCCCCAGCCGCCGCAGCCUGAUCAGCAGCAGCCUAAUCAGCAGCAGCCUGAUCAGCAGCAGCAGACCAGUGAAGCUGACCUGCUGCUCCAGAAACUGGUCAGCCAGGACAGGAAGUGCUUCAUCUGCACAGAGUGCGGCAAGAGCUUCUCCACUCAGAGCAACCUGAAAGCCCACCUCCGCAUCCACACAGGCGAGAAGCCUUUUACCUGUGUAAUUUGCAAUAAAGGCUUUACCCACAAACAGAGCCUCCAGGACCACAUCCGCACACACACAGGAGAAAAGCCCUUUGAAUGCUUGCAAUGCGGUAAGUGCUUUGGCAAACAAGCGCACCUCAGGACACACUCGAUCAUCCACACUGGCGAGAAGCCGUACGGCUGCGAGCAGUGCGGUAAGAGGUUCAACCUGGCCCAGAACCUCACCCGCCACACGCAGAUCCACACAGGGCAGAAAAUCUUCACCUGCCCUGUUUGCGGCAAAGGAUUCACACGCGCCGUCACGCUCAAAACCCACGGGCUCAUCCACACCGGCCAGAAACCGUUCAAGUGCAGCCAGUGCUCCAAGAACUUCCGGCACGCGGUCAACCUCAAGAACCACCAGAGGAUCCACACAGGGGUGCGUCCGUUCAUCUGCGACCUGUGCGGAAAGGCGUUCCGGCAGUCCGUGAACCUGAAGAUCCACCGGCGGAUUCACACUGGCGAGCGUCCGUUCACGUGCAAGGAGUGCGGGAAGAGCUUCAGCCAGCAGAGCAGCCUCAUCUCCCACGGUCGCACGCACUCCGAGGAGCGGCCCUUCCCCUGCAAGUUCUGCGAGAAGAAGUUCAACAACGCCAACAGCCUGAAGCUUCACCUGCGCGUGCACACGGGCGAGAAGCCGUACGGCUGCGAGAUCUGCGGGAAGACCUUCAGCCAGGGCAGCCAUCUACGGACGCACAAGCGGCACGUUCAUGCCGGCGGUAAGCAGUACAUAUGUGAUAAGUGCGGGAAGAGGUACUCGGACCAGCGGAACUUAAAGAUGCACAAAUGCGUGUAUGCCUGA